ACCCACAGAUUGGCUUCCUUAUUUGCAACAGCUCUAUCGAUCAAACGAAUUUUAUUAGAAGCCAUGGACUUGCUUGUGGUUGCCAUGUUUGCAUUUCUCCUAUUCCUUUAUUGUCUAUUGCUAGUACUAAAAGGAAAAACAUACAAGAAAAGAGUCCCACCACAACCUAAGGGUGCAUGGCCUGUUCUCGGCCACCUCCCUCUAUUAGGAGGGCCACUAGAACCCCAUGUAAUCUUGGGCAACAUGGCUGACAAGUAUGGUCCAAUCUUUACCAUCAAGAUGGGAGUGCAUCAAUCUCUGACUAUAAGUAGCUGGGAAUUGGUAAAAGAAUGUUUCACCAUCAAUGACAAAAUCUUCGCCAACCGUCCAAAUUUUCUAGCAGCAGAGCUCAUGGGCUAUAACAGUGCCAUGUUCGGCUUUAGUCCUUACGGCCAGUAUUGGCGCCAAAUGCGCAAGAUAACAACACUUGAGCUCCUGUCUAAUCACCGGCUUCAGACGUUCAAGCACGUUAGAGAAUCAGAAGUACGGGCUGGUAUAAUAGACAUCUAUCAACUGUGGGAGAAGAGUAGAGAAGAUAACAAGGGUGUUAUUGUAAAGAUGAAGCAAUGGUUUGCAGAUAUAACGCUAAAUGUCAUUUUCAGGAUUAUAUUCGGCAAGCGAUAUAUAAAUUAUACAACAACGCAAGAAGAUGGAGAUAGUGAUCAAUGGCGAGAAGCAGUCAGGAAUUUCUUUGUGUUGUCAGGAAAGUUUGUGGUUUCUGAUGCAGUUCCAUUUUUGAGGUGGUUAGACUUGGGUGGAUAUGAGAAAUCCAUGAAGAAAACAGCUCGAGAGCUUGAUGUUGUUGUUCAAGGUUGGUUAGAUGAGCACAAGAGGAAAAGAUUAAUGUCUGGCAACAGGGUUAAAGGAGAGGAAGAUUUCAUGGAUGUUAUGCUUUCCAUUCUCGAUGAUGCAGAGGAACUUCCCUCCCUUGAUGCCGAUACCAUCAACAAAGCUACAUGUCUGGCUCUUACAUUAGCAGCCUCCGGUACCACAAAAAUCACGUUGACAUGGGCCCUGGCGUAUUUACUAAACAACUUGGAUAUCCUGAAGAAAGCCCAACAUGAAUUGGACACACAUGUAGGAAAAGAAAGGAAUGUACAAGAAUCAGACAUGAAAAACUUGGUAUAUCUUCAAGCAAUCGUAAAAGAAACACUUCGUCUAAACCCAGCAGCAACAUUGUCAGUGCCACACGAGUCAACGGAGGAUUGCGUUGUGGGCGGGUAUCAUAUACAAAAGGGCACCAAACUUCUUGUUAAUCUCUGGAAAAUGCAUCGUGAUUCAGACGUAUGGUCAGCGCCUUACGAGUUUAAGCCAGGAAGAUUUCUCACGACUCAUAAAGAUUUUGAUGUUAGAGGUCAGAAUUUUGAACUUAUACCGUUUGGCAGUGGCAGAAGAAUGUGCCCUGGAGUAUCAUUUGCGCUUCAAGUUAUGGAGCUUACAUUAGCUGGUUUACUUCACGGGUUUGAUAUUUCAAUCCCAUCAGGUAAACAAAUUGAUUUGGACGCGGGAUUUGGAUUAGAGACGAAUGAUGAAACCACCCAACUGGAAGUCAUUCUCAGUCCACGACUUUCUGCUCAUCUAUACAAACAAUAAACGGCCCAACAGUUACAGGUUCCAAAAUUCACUUGCAUGCAUGGUUAAUUUCUUCCCCUGUACUUGUAAGCUUUCAGUAAAUUUUUCAUGUCUUGUGUGUCUACAUUUUAUCAACCACAUAUUAAUUUGCUUCUUUUUUUUAAUUAUUUUUUCAUUCUCUCUUUGUUACGGUAAACGCGCUAAAUUAAGAAAAUCUUCAGUUUAUUCAUAUAUAUAAAUUAAGAAAUUUGAUUUGGCUUGUUUUCUUUUUCUUAAAAAAUAAACAACAUACUUUUAUUGUUUAUUAGAAUUCAAUAAAUCAAAUUGUGAAGCUUGUUACAAGGAAACUUUCGUCAAGCUAUCAUAAAAGAUAAACGCAUUAACACUUUGAACCCAUGGGCCACCCAAGA